AUGAAUGUACGAAGGCUUGUUAGCGUAAAAGACUAUGAAGACCAUGCAAAAACUAUUUUACCCAAAUAUGCUUUAGAUUAUUAUUCUUCAGGAGCUGGCGAAGAAAUUUCAUUACGUUUAAACCGAUCUUCUUUUGCUAAUUAUAGAAUUCGUCCAAGGUUUUUAAGGGAUGUUAGUAAAAGAGAUUUGUCGGCUACCGUAUUAGGAACAAAAGUUUCCAUGCCAUUAGGUAUUUCCCCAACAGCUAUGCAAAAGAUGGCACAUCAUCUGGGAGAAGUUGCCAGUGCAAAAGCUGCUGGUAAAGCAGGUACUAUUUUUAUUCUAUCUACAAUAAGUACAAGCAGUAUAGAAGAAGUAGCUGAAGGUGCACCUGAAACUGAAAAGUGGUUUCAAUUAUACAUAUAUAAAGACAGAAUGUCAACAGUAGAUCUAAUAAGAAGAGCGGAAAAAAACAAUUUUAAAGCAUUGGUUUUAACUAUUGAUGCUCCAAUAUUUGGAAUCAGACAUGCAGAUUCUAGAAACAAAUUUAAAUUGCCACCACAUUUAAAAAUGGCAAAUUUUACUGGUCUUAAAGCCAACAGUAUUAAUCAAGCUAAAAAAGGAAGCGGUUUAAACGAAUAUGUGAAUGAAUUGUUUGAUCAAUCAUUGACUUGGGAUCAUAUUAAAUGGCUAAAAAGUGUGACAUCUCUCCCAAUAAUUCUCAAGGGUAUUUUAACAUCAGAAGAUGCUGAAAUGGCCGUUUCAUUAGGAAUUUCUGCAAUUUUUGUAUCAAAUCAUGGAGCAAGACAAGUUGAUCUAGUACCAUCUCCUAUAGAAGCUUUACCUGAAAUAUCAAAAGUUGUUAAUGGACAAUGUGAUAUUUAUAUUGAUGGAGGUAUAACCAAAGGUACAGAUAUAUUUAUUGCAUUAGCACUUGGAGCUAAAAUGGUUUUCAUAGGUCGUUCUGUACUUUGGGGUUUGACAUGUGAUGGAGAAUCAGGAGUGACAAAUGUUUUAGAAAUUUUAAGAAAUGAAUUAGAUAAUACAAUGUGUCUUACAGGAAAGACAAAAUUUACUUCACCAAAUUCUAUUCCAUUAUGGCACUGA